AUGCAACCCAAAGACCCCCAACCACCACCACCACCCCCCAGAAAGCCCAAUCCCACAGCAGCACCACCCACAGCACCACCCACAGCACCACCCACACCCCCCUCCCUCCAUUCCCUCCCCCCCGAACUCCUCAUCCAAAUCACCACCCACCUCCCCACCGCCCAAGCCCUCGCCCGCCUAUCCCAAACCUGCUCCACCCUCCACACCUUCGCCCGCGAAGAAGGGUGGCGCGUCUUUUUGCGGGCGCGCUUUCCCUCGCUUGCUGUCGAACCGCUGUCUCCGUGCGACGCCGAGGCAGCAGCGCGCUGUCUGACUGUGAAUUGGUUUACGUGGCGGCGGGAGGGAAGUCAGGAGGGCAGAGACGACAUUACGACGUUGAAGGUUGUUAGGUCGUUGGAGGUGUCUGCCGAGGACAGAAUCCUCAUCGGCACACCACAGGGGUAUCUCAGCCUGCUGCGCACGACACCCAGCGAACCCCGGAUCCGGAUCCAAGUCCGGCAGGACGCACUCUUCGAGACCCGAGCCCGUCAUGUCCGGAGCUCCGAUAUAUCAAACGAGCUUGUCGUCGCUGGUCUAUCCGACUCCUGCCUCGCUCUGUACCCGCUUCCGAACAACAACAGCAACAGCAGCAACAACAGCACACCCCACCCAAUCCCCCCCAACCACACCCUCGACAUCCUCCCGCCAAACACCCGCAACCGCCGCAUCUGGUCGUCAACCUUCCUCUCGCCUACCCGCGUUGCCGUCGGCCUCGGUGUCUCGACGGAGCCCCUGCAUAUCUACGCCGUCACGCCUACUGGUUUCCACCCUGUGCCCCUGCGCAAAUAUGCCUUUCAUGCUGACGGGGAUGAGGAUGAUGCCUCCUCUGUGCUGCUCUAUAGUAGAGGUAAAGCAACGUCUGUGUAUCCUGUUAUUCCGCUUCCUGGUAUGUCCUGCGCUGCGGGGCAUGCUGUGGCUGGUGAGGUGUUUCUUUCUGGGUGCUAUGAUGGGGUGCCUCCACGACACCCGCUCCCCACACCAACACGUAUCAACCUACACCGACCCGCACGACUCCUCCCCCGUCUACGCCCUCGCCUCGUCGCGGGCUGUGCGCGCCACUCCAUGCUUAGGUUUUUCGAUCUACGGGUGUCGGGCGGGCGGGCGUAUUCUUAUCUCUCUGCUGCUGCUUCUGCGGGUGCUUCUGGGUCUGGCGGGGAUGGGGAUGGGGAUGCUGGGUCUGCUUCUGCUUCUGCGGGUGGGUCUAGCAGUGGGUAUGCAAGUGGGAGUGAGUUUGGAAGUAAACCAUACACCCUCUUCGCCAAUCCCCGGAACAACAACAACACCACCACCACCACCACAUACUCCCCAAACACACACCGCACAAACACACACCGCACAACAAACCGCACCCCCCGCCACCGCCGCACACGCGACUCUCCCGUCUACGCCCUCUGUCUGCCCUCAUCCUUUUCCUCCUCGUCCUCCUUUUCCUCCCCUUCCUCGUCCUCAUCCUUAUCAUCCCCGCUAUCCCUCUACGCAGGCGUCGAAAAUGCCGUGCUUAGUCUUGAUUUUGUUGAUGUUGGGGAUUGGGGUGCGGGGCGUGCUGCGUAUACUGGUAGUGGUCAGGGGACUGGAGGGAGGGACAGGGGGAGGGCAAGGGAGAUGGAGAUGGAUAUCAGACGCACGUGGGAUCCGCGCGGGGAUGUGUUGGAGUUGGGCAUGUAUGAGCAUGGGGAUGGGAGGUUGCGGGUGCAGAGGGGUGUUGGGGUUGGUGUGGGUGAGAGGGAUGGGGAUGGGGAUUGUGGGGUUGAUGGGCGGUGGGGUGAUGUGUGA